UCGUCCCAGUACACCGGUAGUUUGCGACAAAUAUAGUCACAACAAAGCCAGCAUCACGUCACUGUCUGCAGACAGGUAGCGUUUCCCGGAUAUGGUGUAGUUAAUGUCUGGUAUGUUGUUUACAACACUUAUGACAAUGAAUGACCUGCAGCACACCAUCCAUCGGAACAUUUAUUCUAAACCUGACUUUUCCUACCAAAGGCGAUGUAUUAACAAGAUUUCACAUAUUGACUAGGAUGCUGGUUGUGAAAAAGGAACAGAUAACAGCAUAUAUCACCACCGACAGUCAGGCGAUAGGUACACAGAAGAUAGAAGAAACAAAGCACGAUUUACCUGCAAGGAUGAGGUUAUAUGCUGUAUUUAGACGAUACAUGUUGGUUUUAUAUAUUUUAAUCCUCGUUCUCUUCAUUACCACGUUGCACGUUUUGAUGUUUGACGAAUCUAUUUCCUAUUCGAAAUUUUCUUACCCAUUGGAUAUGGAUUUCAAAACAAAUUACAUGGAAUUUAAGAAGAAUGGGAGACAAUCCUCUCUCAACGAGAUUAAUCCACAUCCAUUUCAAUAUAUACACUUCAAAGCGAAAUGUGAUUUCAAAACACACGGGACAACAUCUCUUCUAAUUUUAGUAAAAUCAGCUGUUAACAAUUUUCAUUUACGUGAUGCUAUUCGAGCCACCUGGGGGAGUACAACAGCAAAGAAUGUCGAGAUAGUGUACCUACUGGCCUAUAGAGCAGAGCAGCAACAGGAUGUGGAUAAAGAAGUUGCCUUAUAUGGCGAUAUUGUACAGGAAUCUUUUCUCGACGCCUACAUGAACAACACGUACAAAACUAUUAUGGGAUUUAACUGGGCUGUUAAAUACUGUGACCAAGCCAGUCACAUCGUGUGUGUAGAUGAUGACCAUUAUCUUAGUAUACCUAACACCCUAGAUUAUAUAGACUCUUUAGAUCACUUUGGCAGCGAGAAUUUGAUGAUUGGAAGUGUACUUCCGAACAGUAGUCCGUUUAGGUCAAGGUUUUCAAAAUGGAGUAUUUCACUUGACCAAUAUCCAUUUGACAAAUGGCCACCCUAUUUGGCAGGAGCUGUAUACCUGCUGUCAAAACAGGUAGCACACAAAAUGGUGUUUGCGUUUCCGUAUGUAAAGUAUAUAGGGAUUGAUGACGCGUACAUGGGUAUAGUAGCUAAUAAGUUAGACAUUAUCCCACAACACGACGAUCGCUUUGCGUCUCCACCUUAUUUGUUAUAUACAAACCCCAAACAAAUAGUGUAUGGGGAAUUCAAAAGUAAGGCAGACUUUCUAACUGUUCACCAUAUACUUACAUAUGCUUCGACAGUAAAAAUGUGUGCUUUUACGUGGAAAUGUCAUUUUGUCUUAUUGAUUUAAACGAAUAUCGUAUGUUUUUACUAAUAAUAUGAACUGUCUUUGUUUACAUUUACUGUGUAAAGUGUAAAAGACAUCAAAUUGACAGAGUAAAGAUCAAUUUUACUAUCA